AGGGAUAGUUCAGUCUGUGAUGUGAUGUGUGUUGUUGGGGAGUGCUUCAGUCGCUGAGUUACUGGUUUGCUGGUGUCAGCAUAAACGUUAGCUACUUUUUCUAUAUUAGUUCAUUUGACUGGUGGAUUACUAUUUAUUAUUUUUUUCAUUUUUUAAAUUACAGAAAUAAGUUAAAGAAUCUUUGAAAGAGUUGAGAAGAAGAGAAAAGGUUGGGACAACCUAAAAGUAGAUAAUUCUGCAGUUUUUGUCUGGGUUGGUUAAACUUUCUUUAAACGGGUAAGGACUCUUUUUGCUUCUUCACCAUGACGUGCAGAUGGAAGCUUCUUAUACUGGCUCUGUCUUUCUUCCUCAUCAUGGUGCUGUCGGUAUCAGCAGACUGCCCUCAAGGAUAUUCAGCAAAGAAAAAACAAUGCAUUGACACAGACGAAUGUAAAGAUGAAAAGCCAUGUGGUGAAAAUGCAACCUGCACAAACACAAAUGGAAGCUACUACUGCCAAUGUAAAGAUGGUUUCAGAAACUCAAAAGGGGAGGUGAAUUUUACAGCUGGUAAAUGCAAAGAUAUCCAAGAAUGUUUGGAAAUCAAAGACAUCUGUGGACCUAAUGCCAAAUGUGAGAAUGCAAUCCCCUAUUACUCGUGCACCUGUGAUGAUGGAUUCAUUUCUACUACUGGGAAUAAAACCUUUCGUCAUCAUCAAAAUGCUACAUGUGAAGAUAUUAACGAAUGUCAAAAAAGAAAUGCCUGUGGUCAGAAUGCAUCAUGUUACAACACACAAGGCAGUUAUUACUGCAUCUGCAAUGCUGGCUUUGGAUUGAAAUCUGGCCGAUUUAACUUCUCUGGAAAUCUGGAGCAAUGUGAAGACAAAUGUGAGAUUGAUAAGACAAUCUGUGGAAAUGGUUCUUGCCACCAUGGAGCCAGUGGUCAUUACUGUACAUGCCACGCAGGGUUCACUAACUAUGGCAACAAAACGGCACAGUGCACUGAAUUAAACUGUGAUGUUUUCAAAGCUAUAAACGGGCUGGAAGAGAAAUUUGUGAAGCAGCUCAAUAAACGUUGUCUGGAGUUUAUAAAGGACAAAAGUCAGAAUCCAUCUGAUCAGACAAACCAGAUUGAAGAGGACUUAUUGAAGAUAUUGCAGUCAGAAAUAGAUCAGUUCUUGUCCAGUAAAUUUCUCAAAGACAGAAGAAGAGUCUCCACCUUUCUGGAUUUGGUGGAGAAAGUUCUGAGGCUAAUUGGAGCCGUGACGAAGAUGCCAGGGAGAAACACAACUUCCACUCACACAGAGCUGGAAAUGCUGGUACAUCAUGGGCCUGUUAUACCCAAAAGAAACACAACUUUAUCAACUAAGCAUGCUAAGUUGGACAUCCAGAUGGAAAUGGCAGCUGGAGAACCUGCCUAUUACCCUGGCUUUACAACAGUGUCCUUGAUGAGCUACUCAAACCUGGAAGACCCUACAGAUACCUUCUUUGAUGGGAUCAAACCACAAAAGAACCAGAGCUUUAAGAUAAACUCCAAAGUGGUGACUGUCACUGUUAGCAACAGAAAUACAAGCCACCUCAAAACGCCAGUCAAACUGACUUUGGACCACUUGAUACAGAAAAAUCAAACACACAUCUGUGUGUUCUGGGAUUCCUCGCUGAACGGAGGAUCAUGGUCUGAUCGUGGCUGCAGUGUGGUGGAGUCAAACCUGGAAUGUACUGUGUGUUCCUGUAAUCACCUGAGCAGCUUUGCUGUACUGAUGGCCCUCUACGAGAUGGAGAAUAAGUUCGAGUUGCAGCUGAUCACCUGGGUGGGCUUGUCCAUUUCACUGAUUUUCUUAUUCAUCUCCAUCCUGACAUUCUCAAUGAUCCGCUCCAUUAAAAGCACAAGAACCACCAUCCACCUGCAUCUCUGCAUCAGCCUCUUCAUUGCAAACCUUGUCUUUCUAGCAGGAAUCUCUCAGACAGCGAACAAGGCUGGCUGUGCAGUGGUAGCAGGAAUCUUGCAUUUCUGCUACCUGGCAGCGUUUUGCUGGAUGUGUCUGGAGGGCAUUCAGCUGUUCAGGAUGGUUGUCCUCGUCUUCAACACCAACUUUAAAACCCUCCACAUGAUGGCAGUUGGCUACGGUGUUCCAGCUGUUAUCGUUACCAUCUCUGUCUUAGCUAAUUCUGGAGGAUAUGGCACCGAGAGAUAUUGUUGGCUAAAUCUGGAAACCAUUUGGAGUUUCUUUGGCCCUGUCUGUGUCAUCAUCAUUAUAAACAUUUUCUUCUUUCUCAUAACUGUGUGGAAGUUAGCACAGAAGUUCUCAAGUUUGAACCCUGAUCUUGAUAAUCUGCACAAAAUAAAGGCAUUCACCAUUACUGCAGUGGCACAGCUGUGUGUUUUGGGCAUCAUGUGGAUCUUUGGUUGUUUCCAGUUUGAGGAAAGCACUGUAGUCAUGUCUUACCUGUUCACCAUUUUUGGCAGCCUUCAGGGUGUUAUGCUCUUUAUCAUGCACUGUCUGUUUUCCAAACAGGUGAGAGAAGAAUAUGAAAACAUCCUGGCCAGAUUCUGUGUGCCUCAGAAGAAGAGCUACAAAGAGUUCAAUUACUCCAGCAAAGCUCAAGCAUCCAAGAGCAGCCAGGACACAGGAGAGUCUCAUUUUUGAGAAGCUAAAAACUGGCUUGAGACAAACUCUGAUUUGCUGGAGACUUUCAGUCAUUGGGACAUAUUGACGUCGCACUUAUAGCGCACCUGUUUGCACCUGUUUGCUUUGUUGCAAAAUUUCGUAAAUAUUAUCAUUCUUUACUAUGUGUGGGCCUUUUAUUUUAAGUCACUGAGUUAUCUAUUCAAAUCAUUACAACUUACAAAAUCCUUACAAAGGAAGCUUUUUGUUAAGUUUGUCAAACAGGAAAUUAUGUAAGUAGUUUUAGAAGCAUAAAUCUACAAAUAUUAAAAAUUUCAUAUAUGAAAAAAUGUUUUCAGAUUAUCAUAAUUGUGUAAAGACCUGUUGUAUCAGGUAAAUCUAAUAAUGCUAAUUCUUUAAUUCAGGUACUGUAUUUAAUGAGCAAUCUGAACAUAUUUGCUGCAAAGCACCUUCUUCAACCACUUCUUCAAGCUAUUCAAAGACCCACAAUAAGAGGACAAUUAUGAGACCGAAACAUAUAUUUAAAUGUUUUAAAAGUUUGAGUCUAUAUUGCUGAGCAAUUUUCCUGUGUUUUCAUUCUUGACUGCAUCCAUUCUCUGUGUUUUGUCAUGAAGCUAUUUUAGAAGAUUGUAAAUUUUUUUAUUGCAUUUACAGUUUGCAAUUACUUCUUUAUUUAUGUUUAUUGUUAAAAACCUUUUUUCAAUUACGUUUUUUUAAAUGUUCUCCUAAAAGUUUUAAAGUAAAUAAAUAUUCUGAUGUAUAUCAUCUUUAGUGAUUUUAAAAUGUAUUGCAUUUGAUAUAGAGAAUAAACUGUCAAUGAACACCAGAAGGACAACUUUUUGGCCAUUAUGUCACAACACAAAGCUUUAAUUCAAUGUUAAAGCAUUUUCAUAAUACAGACUGCACCUUAUGGUGUAAUUUCCCCAUAUUUUGCAUGUGAUUUCAAUGUUAUGUUUUUGAAAUCAGGGUAUAAUUUUCAUUACCUAAAAUACUUAGUAGACAAUAACUUUAAGUAUUUUAGAGGAAUAAGACAUUUUGAGCACUAUAUAAUUUCAGUGUAUUUUAGAAAAAAGAGCAAAUAAUGUUUCCCCAUUUUAGGUUGGAAUUAGAAAGUGAUUCUUGAUGUCUAUGCCAUAGUCUCAGUCAGUUUUACUCUCAUGCACAAUUGACUGUAUCUGAUGAAGUGUUGAUCUGACUUUCCUGCAUUAUAAUUAUAAAUGCAAAA